CUGUGCGUUAUGUAUUUAACAAAUUUGUUCAAACAAACCUUAAGUCGAUUUUGACAAGUGAGAAAAACGAAUUCAAUUGCACUACAUUGUUACAAAUUAAUAUAAAAAUUUGUGAAUUAGAAUUAAAUUUUAUAUAAUUCUUUAUCGCUAAGUGUUUUAUAUCUUUGCAAAACGCAGUUUGUAUAAUGCUUAUUUGUUUAUGAUCUGUUUAUAACCUAAUUAUUUGUUUAUAACCCAUAAGCGAAAAUAAUGCAACAAGUUGCAUGGAAUUUUAGUCUUUAUUCAGCAUAGUACAGCAUAAUAAUUUAUUUUGACAUACUGUGAUUUAUUCUCUACGAGAUAAACGAAAUUGAAAUAUGUCUUCCUUGUUGCAAGGAAAGAAAUUUGAUUGCCGAGUUAGCUCAGUGCUGAAUAAGAAUAUUCGGUCUUUUGGCAAGAAGAACAUGUUUGAUAAGUCUACUGAAACAUGUUGGAACUCUGAUGCGGGCAGUCCACAAUGGGUUGUCAUCAAUUUUGAAGAAGAACAUAGCGUUUCCAGCUUUGAGAUAGAAUUUCAAGGAGGAUUUGCUGGGAAAGAAUGCUAUUUAGAAGCUGGCAGCGAUGAAAAAGAUACAACAGUUGUAGAAGCGUUUUAUCCUGAAGAUACAAACAAAGUGCAACGGUUUAGCUUGAACAAUCAAAUUAAGGCUAAGACUUUCAGAUUUCUAUUUAAUCAAAGCACCGACUUUUUUGGCAGAAUUAUUAUAUACAAUUUGUCAUUGUACUCGUGAUACUAAAUAAAUAUCUAUUCUAAUAUA